AUGCGAAAUCAAAACGUACUAUUGGAACUCACUGAAUUGCUCGUCCUGAAGGACUAUUCAUGGGCGAAAAUUGCACCAACCGAAGUAGUCAAUUCAUUUUCUCUGGUGUCAAAACCAAAUAUUCCACAUAAAAAAGAAGAUGCUGAAACCAAAUCUACUUAUGAGUAUAUUCCAUUGUUUAUAGCAACUAGAACUGGAAUAUCACAAAUUGUAGAAAAGAUUUUGGAGCUUCAUCCUCAAGCAGCUGAGGCGCACGAUAUCAAGCAUGGACAAAACAUUUUGCACAUGGCCAUUAAGUAUCGUCGGUUGGCCAUCUUUAAUAUUGUAAAGAAGAGCAAAUUCAUAACCUCAAGGCUGGCUGACGUGAUUGAUAACGAUGGAAACACCAUAUUGCACCACGCUGCAGAUAUGAGCUAUUACGCAGAUAUGAGCUAUUACUCUGUGGACGCUGAAGGCACAUAUCUUCCUGCAUUUCAGUUGCAAGAAGAAUUGCGUUGGACGGCGCGUGUGCAAAAGAUAAUCCCACUUAAUUACGCCAUGCACCGCAACAAGAAGGGUGUGACAGCGAAUGAGCUCUUUACUAGGCAGCAUGCAAAGCUUCUUGAGUCAGCAAAAGUAUGGAUGAAAGAAACUGCUCAGUCAGGCUCGAUCGUGGCGGUUUUGGUGGCCACCGUGGCCUAUGCAGCAGCGUACACGGUUCCCGGGGGUACUAAUCAGAACGGGUUUCCUAAUCUCAGGCACUCUCCUUUCUUCAAAGCAUUCACCAUUUCGAACACUGUCUCGCUUAUCUUCUCAUUGACUUCUUUGGGCACAUUUCUCAAUGUCAUGAGGUCUCCAUUCUCGUACAAAAACUUUCACCAUUCUCUUCCCUUCAAGCUGACUUUAGGGUUCCUCCUUCUCUUCUGCUCGCUGCUAGUGUCCAUGCUCACCUUCGCUGCUACUAUUGUGCUCUUGAUUCAUCAUCAAAAGAUAUGGUCUAUUUCCCUCAUUUACGUUGUUGUUGCCAUUCUUCCUUUCUCUAUGUUUGGGCUCAAGCAUAAUCGUUUUUAUGACGUAUUUUUCAAAGGUUUAAAAUACAUUAAAAAGAAACUUAGGUGCUGUAAGAGGAGGUACGUUAGAAUAAGAAUGCAGCGGUAG